AUGCUUGCUGUCAGGCCGAUCGGCCUCUGCUGCGUCGCCGGGCGCCAUGAGGAUACCCGGCCAGCCGGCAGGGGGCAUAUUUCCAACCUCAAGGCCUCUCGAAAGCUCAUCCAUUCGGGGCCCAAACCUGACCGUGCGGCUGUCAUUUCACGAGUCAUGACCAGCACAUCAACGAACCCAGCUUUCACUUUUGGCAAGGUGGACGACGCCAUAGCUGAGUCAGGACGCGGCGGGCCACCCAUGACAGUGGACGGGGCCGUCCAGAAGACGGGUUUACUGCUGGUGGUGGCAGUGGCCUCGGCCAUGGCUACCUGGGUGCAGAUCGCCUCAGGCAAUGCAUCUGUCAUGCUUGCAGCAAGCAAAGGCGCGGGCGUCGUGGCGCUGCUGUCGGCCAUGGUCACUAUGUUUAAGCCGCAAUGGGCUAUGGGCACCUCUCUGGUCUUCUCGGCAGCCCAAGGAGUCGCCAUGGCAGGGUUUUCCGUUAUGUUGGAGAUGAUGUACCCCGGCAUCGUACUGAAUGCGCUGAUGUUGACUUUCGGCACGGCCGCAUCAUUGCUCGUGGCCUUCCAGUCUCGUCUUAUCCGCGUCACGGACAAGUUCCGCGAUGGUGUGUUGAUGGUGACUGGUGGCUACUUCGUGAUGAUGUUGCUGACCUGGGUCAUGACGCUCUUCGGCGUGCGGCUGCCUAGCAUGCUAUCCGGGGGCCCGCUGGGCAUCGGCCUGGGCCUCGUUGCGGCCAGCUUGGCAGCGGCCAACCUGCUGCUUGACUUCGACAUGAUUAAAUCGGCGGCGCGUGCACGAAUGCCCAAGUGGUUUGAAUGGUACUCGGGUUUCUCGCUCAUGAUGACCCUGGUGUGGAUGUACACGGAGGUGCUUCGGCUCCUCACCAUGUUCGCCAGGGGCGACCGCGACGAUUGAAGGCCGGCAGAACGGGGCAUCUGUACUGCGUCGACCGCUGCGCUUGUACUUGUGUAGUCCUUACGCUCCAGCCGACAGGCCGGUAUGCGCAGUAGGCAGUGGGUAUUUCUUAUGACCAGGUUGGUAUGACCGAAGAGGUGGCAGGUGGCACCAUGUGUGUGUGUUCCCAGGUGGGCGCCUUGCUGCCGUACAUGAAUGAACCCUUCCAUGACGCGAUGUGAGGGACCUACGGGAGAUGGCACUGGUUGACGGAUGGUAGAGUC